AGCUGGGGGUCAGGCCCAUGUCUAUACCCUCACCCAUGAUGAGGCCGCUCGUAAUGCAGGUACCAUGUCCAGAAUGCUUUCUAUAUCCCAUGUUCCUGUUUUUGCUUUGUGUGAUACCGGUGCUACCCAUUCUUUUAUCUCGUCUCGUUGUCUGGAGGCCUUAUCUAUUAGCACCGUGCAUGCUUGUGAUCCUCUCGAGGUUAGAUUAGCCUCGGGAAAAAUUAUUAUUUCUGAUUCGGUGAUUCGCGGUCUUCCCAUUUGUAUUGGUGGUCGAGUUCUGGAGGCCGAUGUAUAUGUUAUUGAUAUGCGAGAUUUCGACGUGAUCUUGGGCAUGGACUGGCUCACCCGUUAUCGAGCCGACAUCCGGUGCCAGGAGCGUGAAGUCACUCUCUAUCCCGUUUCUGAUCAGCCU